AUGUCUGAAAAAGACGCAAAGCUUGCUGCAGAAAACCAGCAGCUUCAGACAUUGAUUCAGCAUCUGAAUUCAUCAGAAGGCAACUCGACUCUACUGGCAGUCAUUCAUGAUCUGAAAAACCUCAACAACAAAAUCAGCUCAGACAAUAAACACCUUAUGAAUGACCACAACAGUCUGAUCAUGCAGCUGGGAAACCUGACGGCACAAAACCAGCAGCUGAGAAACAACUUUACAGAACAAAUAACAAACAUGGAGACAAACUGGAUUCAUCUCAACGUCAGUCGAGCUCAGUGGAGCGUUGAUGCCUACUGCCCCAUAGUGCCUACAGGAGAGAGACAUUGUAAUUCUUGUCAGGAUGGUUGGUUAUUCAACGAGGCCAGCUGCUAUGCGAUUAAUAACCCUAACCCACCUGAUCGGAAAACCUGGGAGGAAGCUCUAGAAGACUGCAGAGCGAAAGGUUCAGAUGUGGCUGUGGUAUAUAAUCAAAAAGAAAGGAACUUGAUCAGUGAUUACAGCUCAUACAGUUCACAAAGUGACGGCUACUGGAUCGGCCUGAGAGUUGAAGAUGGGAGAUGGAAGUGGGUUGAUGGAAAUUAUCUCACUGCAAGCUCCUGGAUAGAAGCUCCUACCAUCGGUCACUGUGCAAUGGUUGUACAAAGCCAAGGAUGGAAAUCAGUGAGCUGUGGUGCAAAACAACGAUGGAUCUGCAAAAAGAGCGCGUUAUCUGUUUAAACCCUGCAGUCUCACUACUGAAUACUCUGUAAAGAUCAUAUCAAUUGGCCUGUAAAUGUCAAACUAUAAGGACUUUUACUUCCCAAUUUUAA